AAGAAGAAAAAAUGAAGCUUUUUCAUCUACUCUUAGCUUUCUUAUUCCUCGCUGCUGCAGCUUCCGCCAUUGACAUAAUCGAGAAGGAUUUGGAGACGGAGGAUAGCCUUUGGAGUCUCUACGAGCGUUGGAGGAGCCAUCACACGGUCUCGAGGGAUCUCGAUGAGAAGAAGAAGCGCUUCAAUGUGUUUAAGGAGAAUGCUCGCUAUAUCCAUGAGUUCAACAAGCGCAAGGACGCACCUUACAAGCUUCACCUGAACAAGUUCGCCGAUUUAACCAACCAGGAAUUCCGCUCCGCCUACGCCGGCUCCCGCAUAAACCACCACCGCGCACUGCGCAGCCCUCGACGUGGCGUAGCCAAUUCAUUCACGUAUAAGAGCCUCGACGUCAAUAGCCUUCCUGCCUCCGUCGAUUGGCGCCAGAAGGGCGCCGUCACAGCCGUGAAGGACCAAGGGCAGUGCGGGAGUUGCUGGGCAUUCUCAACGGUGGCUGCAGUGGAGGGGAUAAAUCAAAUAAAGACGAAGAAGCUGGUUUCUUUGUCUGAGCAGGAGCUAAUCGACUGUGACACUAAAGAAAACAACGGAUGCAAUGGAGGGCUGAUGGAUUACGCCUUUGAAUUCAUUAAAAAUAAGGGCGGAAUUACUUCAGAAGCAGCAUAUCCAUACGCAGAAGCAGACGGCAGCUGCGCCGCUGAGAAAAGCAAUCCUGUGGUUUCCAUCGACGGGCAUGAAGAUGUUCCUGCUAAUGACGAGGACUCUUUGCUGAAAGCAGUGGCGAAUCAGCCCGUCUCAAUUGCCAUUGAAGCCAGCGGCUCUGAUUUCCAGUUCUACUCCGAGGGAGUUUUCACAGGCAAAUGCGGCACAGAUUUGGAUCAUGGAGUUGCCAUCGUAGGAUACGGAACAGCACAGAAAGGAACAAAGUACUGGAUUGUGAGGAACUCAUGGGGUCCCGAGUGGGGGGAGAAAGGCUAUAUAAGGAUGCUUCGCGGCUCCUCAGAUCCGCAGGGUUUGUGUGGCCUGGCAAUGGAGGCUUCGUAUCCAAUCAAGUCUUCUCCCAAUCCUACCCACAAGCCUAAGGAUGAACUGUAAGCAUUGCUGCGUGCGCUAUGUGGAAGGAAAAUAAAGGAGCAAUUUUUGCUUAUGAAACUGUAGUGCUUUUGUUAGUCUGAUCUCAGAUAUGUUCUCUUUGCUUGAUGUAUUUUGUAUUACAAAUGCUUCGAUUGGCGCACUGCUUUCUAUUUAGAAUUAAUGAACACAUUUCCAGUU